AAAAGGACCUACUGCAAAUGAGAUACUUGUUAUAAGAAAACUUCGAACACAAGACUAUUGUAACUAAUUCGGUACGUGCAACAACCUCUUACCAAGAUGGCAAGUAACAAGAGGAUAUCUAAAACCUUACUGACAAUGGAUCAGAGACUAGAAGUUCUUCGACAUUUGGAAAGUGGUGUAUCCAUCUCAAAGUUGGCUGCCAAGUACAAUAUUCAUCCUGCUACAGUUCAUCGUAUUCGUCGCUCUGCAGUAAUAUUGAAUCAAUUCACAGAACAAGGUGUUGUGAGGACACGCCGUCGCAAGAUACAGAAACUAAAAACUGAAGAAGUGGAUAACCGUUUACAUGUAUGGUGUCUAGAACAGAUAGCUCUUGGUAAAACACUUACAGAUAAGCUGAUGAUAGAAAAAGCAGUAGAUAUUUAUACAGAAUAUGGAGGACCAUCAUCUUUUAAAGCCAGCAGAGGCUGGCUGUGGUUAUUUAAAAAUCGUCAUAAUAUUAAAGCAGAGGCAGAUGGGAAUGGAGAGACUAUGAAAGAGUUUAUACAGAAUUUCACACAAUGCGUAGCGGAAACUGGCGUUGACAAAGAAAACAUUUACAAUUUUUGUCAGACUAGUCUCUUAUGGCGAGCUCUUCCAGCAUCAUUUUUAGUACAUAGUGGAAUAAAAGAUAUCAACAACCAAAGACAGAGAAAGGAACGAGUAACUAUAGGUCUUUGUACUAAUGCCACAGGGAAACACAAACUUGUACCUUUAUUCAUUCAUAAAUUUGCAAAUCCAAGAGUAUUAAAGUAUUGGAAGUACCAGCUACCUGUGGUUUUCAAAUCGCAACGACAAGGUUUUUUGGAUGCAGGUCUAUUUUUUGAUUGGUAUCAAAACCAUUUUAAACCAGAAGUGUUGAAAUAUCAAAUACAAAAUGGUCUCUCCAAGAAAGUUGUUCUCAUUUUGAAUGAUUCUCAGGGAGAUAAGGCAAAGUUAUUUGAAAGAUUUCAAUCUGAUGAACAAUUUAAAAUUGUGUUUUUUCCUUUCAAUACUUCCCAAAAUGUUCAGCCAAUGAAUCAAGUAAUUGAUGUAGUGAAGAAGUUAUAUCACAGUAGAAUGUUAUGCAAAAUUCAGAGUUUGCCAGGUGGAGUAAAAGAAUUCUAUUCUAAUUUUCACAUGAAAGAAUGUAUUGAUUUUUUGCACGAGGCAUGGACAGAAGUAAGUGUUGUGUGCAUCCAAAUCGCGUGGAAGAACUGCAUUAAACAAAACCUUACAAAAUCGUCAUUAAUAGAAGAUCUUGAAACUCAAUUGGAAUCAAAAGAUGAAGAAGAUGGUGAUAACCUACAAAAUAGUGUGGAAGAUGAAAAUUUUUCAAGAAACAAAGUAAAAAUAAAUUCUAUUAAUAUCAAAAGUGGAGUGGAAUCUUCAUCAGGUAUAUCACCUGAUGAAAGCAAAGUUAUAGAAGCAUUUAACAACAUAAUGGCCUGGUCUAGACAAGAAUCAAAUUUUGUUAGACUACAUGUAAAGCGUUUAAAAAAAUAUUAUGAAGAAAAGUGAUUUGAUGAUAUUAUUAAUAAUAAUGGUACCAACUGAUACAUGUGAUUGAAAAAAAUAACAUUAAAGUAUGAAGUAAAACAGAAGUAUUACAUUAUAUGUGUACUGAGGAUUAUAUCCAUUUAUGACAAAAAUGAAUAGGUGAAAUACAAAACUGUGAAGAUAUUUGGAAAAUUUAAAUAGACUGUUUAAUUUCCGUUUCCAGCAA